AUGAAGUUGAUACGCAAGUAUCAUGUUAUUCCCUAUGAAAACGGAUUUGCCCUAGAGUCUGCGAAGCGGUUCCUAGAAACUAUCCUAUCGGACGCUAGCCUGGAUGCCAGUACGAAAUGCCGAUUCUAUCAAGACAUGCUUUAUCGUAUACGUAAUCAUAGUGAUAUGCCUAUUGUUAAUGACGAAAUGAUGUCGAUUGUGCGCGAAAACUAUAAUCUACACUCUGCACUAACUACAGCAAAUGAAAUCAUGAAGGAUGAGGUGAAAAGGGAAGAAGGAAUGGAGCAAGAGGUUGUGAAAAAGGAAGAAGAAGAAGUGGAUUCAACAAAGACAGAGCCUACUAUCGAAGAAACGUUUGGCAAGUACGAGCAGCAUGAGAUUAACCCAAAGGCACUAAAAAAGGAACUGAAAGAUGAAAAAUUUUUGCCAUAUACGACUACAGUUCCCGUAAAGAAGGAAAUCUUGCCACCAAAAGUCAUUCAAGAUACCCCACAAUCCCCGAAAAUUGCUCAAACUGUGCCAGAUUCACACAAUGUUGGACCAAUGCACAACUAUCGUGGCUUUCCCGACUAUCGUUAUCUACCCUACAAGGCUCCCAUGAAGAAAAGACGUAUUUCACAACAAACACCAAAUAGAGGAGUGAAGAGAAAGGCUGAAGAUGAUGGUCCAGAAGAGGGAAGGAAACGAGGAAAGUGGGGUAUUUCAACGAUAAAUGGUUUAAAAAAGGAGAACGUAAAAGCCUCGGCGUCGUCGAGAAAAAAAAAUAAGAAGAAGAAUGGAGUAAAGAAAGAAGAUGGAGACAUGAAACCCAAGAAAAGGGGGGUGGAGCAUAAAGGGGAGGACUACCGUAUAAUCAAGAAGGAGAUUAAGUCAGAAGACGUCAAACCGGUCAAGAAGGAGAUUAAGUCAGAAGACUUCAAACAAGUGAAGAGCGAGAUCAAGUAUGAAGAGGACAAACCUACAGUUAAGGCUGAGACCUUUAUUAAACCUAUUGUUAGACGUAAGAUUAAAAAAUAUCCGAAACGGCAAGACGAAAAAUCCACAUCAAGACGUGAGGCUAACAAUAGAAGCAAUAUUCAACUACCCCAAAAGUCCAAAAAACGCGAAAUCAAAGACAAUGGAACCAUUUGGCAAAAAAUAAAGAAGGAACCUGACCAUGUGACAAGCGACCCCGUCCGUGGUGAGCCAAAAAAAAACGUCCGUGGUGAGCCAAAAAAAAAGUACAUGAAAUUGGAAAAGAAGAGAAGGGUGCCAAAGAAAAAGCAAGGUGUUAUGAAUGCACGAAAACGUAAAUUAGACUCUACGAUACCCGAUUCCACCAGCACGGAACCUCCUUCCAAACGUCGUGUUAUUCGAGGCUCGGGUGCGGCUCCUCCUGGUUCCCGAAUUUAUUGCAGGCUCUGGAAAUUUUAA